AUGGACGAGUAUGAGCCAAAUGAAAUUGACGAAGAAUUUGCCACAUACGCUGACGAGGUUAGUUGCAAUAAUGUCCUUAGCUUUCCAUACGAGGAUCGUUGCGAGUUCGUAAACAAUACGCCUGAUUGUGUAGAAGAGAUGCAUUUGCUAACCUACAUGUCGCUGAUGUCCUGCCAAAUUCGUGUGAAAAAUAAGUUCGAAGAAUGCGUUUUUAUCACAUUCUGUUUGGCUUUAUGCGCCUUUAUGCUUUUGAUGCUGGCCUAUACAGCAGAUAUUUAUUUCAGUCCCGCUCUCCGAACAAUCUCCAGAUAUUUGCACAUGAACGAACAUUUGGCGGGAGUCACAAUCUUGGCGUUUGGCAACACCUCGCCAGAUGUGUUUGCCAAUCUGGCGGAAGUCAAGGGCUCCAAGGCUGUUUUCGCUAACAGCAUGGCUAGUUCCAUAUUUGUCACAAUGUUGACUGGCGGGGUGGUGUGCUUUUUAAGUCCAUUUCGCAUGAACGCCCAUGCAACAAUACGAGAUAUUCUCUUUAUCAUGUUGGGAGUGCUAGUAAUGGAUUAUAUACUAAAAAGUGGCGAAGGCGUGGAAAUAUCAGAGGUUAUUGUGAUGGGAGUGCUUUAUUUAGCCUACUUGGUUGUAAAUAUGCUUGAUUUAUACAUGAUGCGGCGUACUAUUAAGGCCCUAGAGGCAGAACUGCAGAAGAUGGUUGGCCAGCCAAUGACGCCUGAAACUAGAAGAAAAAAGAAAAUGUAUGAAAAUAAAUUGAAUGAGAUGAAGAACGAUGCAGAUAUAGAUGUCAAGACUGAAGUAAAUGAAGGAAGAUCAAGUACUAGAUCAAGUAUAGAUCCCGAAUCUACUCGCAAUAGAAAAUUCGACCCGUCCCAUCCGAAAAAUGAUAAUCUUCUCAAAGAAGCUCUCGAGGCGUUAAAGCCCAUAGAUUUCGAUGAAUGGAAAUCAAAUGGAGUGUUUUGGCGCUCAUUUCUUCUGGCUAAGGCUCCUAUAGUCGUAAUGUGCGGUCUCUUCAUUCCACUCGUCGAUCAGGAGGCAGACAAACAUGGUUGGUGUAAGCUACUUAACUGCAUGCAAGUGUUUACCACGCCAGUCGUGAUCGUGCUAAUAGGCAUGGGAUAUAUUGAUCGCUCUCGCACUGUAUGGCAUUUGGAAGUGCAAUUUGAAUAUGUGCCCUAUUUGCUUUUACUGGCCCCACUGUCAAUUGCUAUGUUUCUUCAUUCACGUACCGAUAUUCCGCCCUCUUAUCAUUGGGUAUUUACUUAUGUAAGCGUGUUGGCUUCAAUGUUUGUGCUGUAUGUAACUGCCACGGAAAUUGAUAAAAUAUUCGAUCUGAUCGGAACAGUGUUGGAUAUAUCCGAGCAUUUCAUGGGGGCCACCGUGAACUGUGCAUGUGGAGCACUCGGCGACCUGGUAACAAAUGCCGCAUUGGCCAUGCAAGGGUAUGAGAAAAUGGCCUACGCGGCUACUAUGGGUGGGCCUUUCUUUAACCUGCUAAUUGGAACCGGCGCAACUUUUGUUGGUCGCAUCUAUUAUGGCCUGCAUAUUAACUGGCACACACAGCUUGGAGAAUAUGGCCCCAAUUCCUUUGUAUUUCUGCUAGUAGGCUUAUCUACCACGUUGCUCUGGUCUUCGGUUCUAAAUUUCAGAGCACGGCGCUCUGUGGGCAUUUUCAAUAUAUGCAUAUACUUGCUCUAUGUCUUGUUCAAUGUCCUAGCGGAGAACGAUAUUAUGCACAGCUACGCAAACGAUGAAUUUUUAGAAUUAGCAUAAUGUAUUGGCGAAUGAUAGGAAAAAUCAAAACAUAAUAAAAUUCAGAAUAUUGUGUGGA